AUGGCAGCCUGUAGUCGACUAUGCGAUGGUUCUGGAGUGACCACGAAAAAGGCUGUCGAUCCGACGAUCCUGGAGACGGACCUCGUGCUCGACUACUCCGACCACUACGAUUACGACUACAACCACCACCCCUGCACCGAUGCCUCGGUGACCAUCACCACCUCUGGCAAACCACCCGGCAGCACCACCAUCCCUGCAGUAACUUCCUGGGGCACCGAGACUGUCAUCAUCACAACCGGCGAAAACACCAGCCCCGUCUCGACAGCUUGCGGCACAGCAACGGUGGUCACGCCGAAGUCGUGCCCCCAACCUCCUGCCCACCCAGGCCUACCCCGUCAUCUACCCGGACACUCCAAGAACCCGCAGGUAGGAUACUUCGUCGGCUACACACGCGAGGUAAAGGGCGGGAUCGUCGUGGACGCGAAUAACUACCCCCUCGUCUAUAGCGGGUUCUACGGUGCCCCGACGACGGACGAGUAUACUUUCUGCGGGUCUGUUCAUAUUGCGGAUUACUUCUAUCUCGGUGAUGGGCCUGCGUUUGAUUGUAGGGAUGGCACGCCGGAUCCGGAUGCCACUGCCCUGAAUGAGGGUGGGUGA